AUGUGUUUGUGUUCUGGGCAGCUGUCAUCAGGUACCAAAGACGCGUACCUCCGGGGGCGCCGUCGAUUUAAAGGUGGUCUGACAUCGCUAGCCAGGAAACCGCAGCUGCCCAUCUCCGGGCCAAGCGGGACCGGCUUUGCGGUGUCAGACCCCUGGCAUACUUUGCAGGACCGACAGUGCCACAUCGUAGUGAACGGCUCGGUGUGGGUCGGUCAAUUCGCCGUCUGGCGGUUCCCCGUCAUGCAAUCAGCCGACCUAGAAAUUUGGGAAGCCUGCCCUCUUCCCGAAUUUGCAUGGCAGGUGCCAAAUAACUGCGUUAUUUGCACCUGCAUUGGGUCCGGUUGUGUUGCUCUAGGGGGCGGCGAUUAUGAUGGUGACCUUUUGAUGUUCACCUCUGAUCCUGCCCUUCUAGCUUUUUUGGAAUUCACAAAUGGCGGUCGCAAACUGCCUGAAUUCGUCGCUGCGCGCGGGGAGAUCGAACGGCAUGUAAAGAGUGUACAGUUCAAGCCGUUGCCUCUUACAAGCAUUAUGCACUACAGGCAUCAUUGCUUGACAACUCCCACACCGCAGAUUCGGGGGCUCCUCACUGCGAUGGCAGAGAAGGCGCAGCAAGCGGCAUUUGAAUCCCUUGCACCCCACCGCGACGGGUCCCUAAUUCGGGCCGUUCGCUUGGCCGUCGCUGCCGAGAAGGCUUACGACGCGCCGAAAAAAGUGAACGCAAAGGUUUGGAUGCCUUUGCCCAAGGUCUUUUUAUCUGCGGCGACCGGGGCAGCAAUUCGCUGUCGCAUGUUUCACCCUCGGCAUCUCCAUGGCAUUGCUGAUCCAGUCGAGCAUAUCGCACUGGACGAAAUAGCCGGUGCCGUGCGUCAUCGCAUUGCCUCCAAAAGCUCGUCGGUCAGGCAGCUUGUACAGGCUGGAGAUGCCGAUGCCUUAAUUCAACGGGCGCAAGCCCUUGCACGCUCAAAGCCCAAGGCUAUCAGGACACCGUCCGCGCUGUAUUUUUCCGACCUUUACUGA